CAGAAGUUGGAGGACCAGAACCAGAGGUUGGAGGACCAGAACCAGUUGGAGGACCAGAAGCAGACGUUGGAGGACCAGAAGCAGACGUUGGAGGACCAGAACCAGAGGUUGGAGGACCAGAAGCAGAAGUUGGAGGACCAGAAGCAGACCAUGGAGGACCAGAAGCAGACGUUGGAGGAGCAGAACCAGAGCUUGGAGGAUCAGAAGCAGAAGUUGGAGGUCCACAAGCAGAAGUUGGGGGACCAGAACCAGAGGUUGGAGGACCAGAAGCAGAAGUUGGAGGACCAGAAGCAGACGUUGGAGGACCAGAAGCAGAAGUUGGAGGUCCAGAAGCAGACUUUGGAGGACCAGAAGCAGACGUUGGAGGACCAGAAGCAGAAGUUGGAGGACCAGAAGCAGAUGUUGGAGGAUCAGAAGCAGAUGUUGGAGGACCAGAAGCAGACGUUGGAGGACCAGAAGCAGAAGUUGGAGGACCAGAAGCAGAUGUUGGAGGAUCAGAAGCAGAUGUUGGAGGACCAGAAGCAGACAUUGGAGGACCAGAAGCGGAGUCAUGAGAUGAACCUUCAGAAGCUAAAGGAGAAGAUGGAGGAAGAAAAGGAACAGAUAAAAAAAGAAUUUAAGAAAACCAUCAAAAAGGAAUGCAGGGUAACACUACAAUCUCAGCAACAGUUUGCUGUAGUUGGGUUAUAGGCAGUG